AUGUCCCCGAAGCGGCGGAACCGGUUGCGGUUCGACGAGGAGUCUCUUUGGAGCAUCACGGACCAGAACACCGCAGACGAGAUGACCAAGAUCGCCCUUCUCCUUCCGGGCGUGUCCGCCUCGACCGCUAUCGUGGACGGAACCGCCUGUGUCGGGGGCAACGCGAUAUCAUUCGUCUCUGCGUUCGAUGAAGUGUGGGCCGUCGAGAUCGAUCCCGACAGGUUUGACCUCCUCAAGGGCAACGUGAAGAAGGCCAUCGCCAGGUCCGCCCACAAGGAGAAGACCGUCCGGUUCUUCAACGCGGACUUCCUGCGGGUGCUGGAGACGGAGCGCGGUGGAAUCGCCGAGAAGAGGCCUAUCGUGUUCAUCGAUCCGCCGUGGGGGGGGGAGGAGUACAAGAAGAAGGGGGGCGGAGAGGAGUACGAGAAGAAGGGCUUGGUGGACCUGUCCCUGUCUGACACGCCGAUGGUGGACGUGUGCGGCCGCGCGGCCAAGGCGGGCGCGAGGCACGUCCUCCUGAAGGUGACGACAAGCGACAUGCCAUGA